AUGAUACCUAGCAUCAUAUGGAAUUGUCGAGGUAUAGGCAACCUCGAAACCCAAUUCUAUAUAGCUAGCCUUAUCAGACAGUAUCGACUAGGUAUAGUAGGCCUCAUUGAGCCUAUGAUAUCAUCAGAUCGUAUCCAACCCUUACUUAGGAGGUUAGGUAUGGAUCAUUUUCACUCCAACCCCACGAAUCAUAUUUGGAUCUUUUGGACUAGACCAUACUCUAUGGAGUUGCUAGUCGAGGGACCCCAGCAUAUCACUAUGACGGCUCGAGAUCUCACCCAAGAGUUCACCUUCUCGGUCAUCUAUGCAUCACAUAGAUCCGAAGAAAGAGAAACUCUUUGGACGGACCUAGUUCAAUACGUGAGGGACUACCCUACACUAGUUGAGUCUCCUUGGUACCUAGCAGGUGACUUCAACUGUGUCCGUAAUACUAGUGAACGUCAAGGUGGGCGAAUCCCUAGGGCCCGUAACAUGGAGAUGUUCAAUGAUUGUAUUUUUCGAUUAGCUCUUAUUGAGCCACCUACAUCAGGCGAGGCAUGGACGUGGAGCAACAAUCGAGGGGACGCUUUGAUUUAUGAGCGUAUCGAUCGUUGUUUCAUCAACAGCAUCGCCAUGAUGCGACAUCCCAUAUUAGUCACGAUAUUACCCCGUUAUAGGUCAGAUCACACCCCGAUCCUCAUACUCCCUAAACAGAGUAUGAGCACCCAUAGACCCCCCUUCAGAUUUCAAACCAUGUGGCUCCAACAUGAAAACUUUCAGAGUUUCGUACAGAAUCACUGGUACGGACAGAUCUCAGAUUCUCCUAUGGAGAACCUUAGCUAUAAGUUAAGGAAUCUCAAACUCCACCUUAAAUGGUGGAACCGACAUAUCUAUGGGAAUGUCCAUACCCAAGUUGAUGCAUUGCAAAAAGAGUUAGCAGAAGUUGAAAGACUACUGCAAGCUAGAUAUUCAGAUGCUGCUUGGGAAAGGAGGAGUAGAGUGAGUGACCAGCUUGAUGAAGUUGUGCGACGACAGGAGUUAUUCUAUCUCCAGAAAUCACGCAUCCAGUGGUUACAAGAGGGUGAUAGAAACACUCGUUUCUUUCAUGCCUCGGUCGCUCAUCGCUCACGUUCAGAUUAUACCUCUCUUUUAGAGACAUAUGAUCAUGACCUUUCCCGCAUGCAGGAGGCAGGGGUUGAGUACUUUCGUACUCUCUUAACCUCUCAGCCGAUUGAGAUUUCUGAUGAUAUGCUCACUUCGAUCCCAUCAUUGGUCACUCACCGUGAGAACUCUCUCAUAACAGCCAUACCCACGGGAGAAGAGAUCAAGGAAGUAGUUUUCUCUAUGAGUAGACAUCGUGCACCCGGGCCAGAUGGUUUCCCAGCUGAUUUUUACAUUUCAUGUUGGGAUAUCGUUGGCACUGAUCUCAUCCAGGCCAUCAAGGAAAUCUUUCGUCGUAAAGUCUUUACACGAAGUUGGAAGGCCACCUUCCUUGCACUUAUACCAAAGGUGA